AUGUAUGCCUGGGUAGUUAUUCUUGCAACAAUUAUAUUCUGCAUACUAUCUAUUCUUGUUGGCAUUUACUUGGUUGUUAGAUUCCAAAUGCCAGAAGAUAAAAAGUCUUCAUGGUUUAUCAAAAUUAUCAUCAUUUUAACUAUCGGCAUUUCAGUAAUGAACGUUUUAAUUUUACCUCUCGACGCACUUAAUAGGUCAACGCCAAAUCCAAUGAAUACCACCCUUAUGUGUUGGAUUUUGACAAUAAUUUCUGCCGUUCUCGCUUUCAUUGUCAUUCCUUUCACACUUACAUACUAUGAAAACGCAGAAGAUGAAGAUGUUAAGCACCCAAUCUGCAAAGCAACAUUAAGUGUUAUUCCAUUCCUUUUGUUCUUUAUAAUAUUUUUACUCAUACUCUACUUCCUUGUGAGCGAUUGCCAAAUUCCAGCAACAAUUCAUGCUGGCAAAGUUGUCGAUGAAUCCGAACUUACCACAUCAAUAUAUAGUUGUUCUACUUCAACAACAAUUGACAUCAAACUAUCGCCACUUAUUUUUGUUGUUACUGUUAUAGGUUUCAUUGGAUAUAUAAUCUUGAUUAUUUUGGGUGGCAUGGGAUUUGCCACGCUUCCAAUCAAUCUCUUUAUUGAUUUCGUUCGUAGACCAAGACCAAUUUCUCUCAAGCAAUAUGCCAAGGGCCAACAAUUAAUCAAUCGCUGGGCUGAGGAGCUUAUCGAGGAAGGCAACAAAAUCCGAGAAGAAGGAAAGCAUAAAGGCUACAAAAACCGUAAAGUCAAGAGAAUGGUAAAUAAAUAUGCGGAUCAAAUCGAGAAUAUGGAGCGUGCAUACCAGCUUAUCGAAGUAUCAUACAAAGUUCGUGGAGGAAAUCCGGUUUGGCCAUGGUGUGAACUAUUCUUAGGCAUAAUUUGCAUAAUAAUUUCACUCAUUUGGAUCAUUCACAUCAUUGUUUACACUUUCUUAGAUGUUCAUCCAUUCUUAAAUCAAUUCUUCCAUUUGCUAGAUACUAAAUUUGCACUAUCUGCAGUUAUAUUCUUUGGCCUGUUCACAUAUUACUUGUACUUAUGCGUCCUCUCAGGAGCUACUUCUUUCGGUUUGAAUUUACUCAUUAUCAGAGUACAUCCUAUGGAAGAUCAGAAUACUCCAAUGAAUUCAAUCUUGUUUAACUCAUGCCUUAUGCUCUUUGCCAGCUUUGGUGUUGCAUUAUUUUCAACAAUGAACUUCCCGAUUUAUACAAGACUUACUGCUUUAGAUAUGAUCUAUGGCGUUCAGAUGAAAUAUCUCAAAGGCCUUAAAUACGUUUGGGAGUACGCAAUUUAUGUAUUUCUCGGAAUUUUCGUUAUUGCUCUUGCAGUUAAGCUUAUUUCUUGCAGUAGAAAGAAGGGAAGAGAUGAUCGCAAUUCUGAAAUUAGAAAAGCUCUUUCUACUUAUGACACUGAUAUUGUCAAUUAA